GGAAGCACUGUUUGUUUUGAUGAUGCAUUUCUCAGUUACAAACUCAGUUUAUCACCAACUUGAUCGAGUUACCAGUUCACUCUGCAGUUAGGUUUGGCCGUCGGACGUCCUCACUCAUUGUCAAGGCAACCCAGACCCAUUCACGUCCGAUUAAGCUCUCCAUUGACCUGAGGCAUGCGUCAGAUACAGCCAGUGGCCCACGGCCACGUGGCCCCUGGUUCAGACCCAACACUGCCCUCGACUGACCACCGGCCUACCCACGCCCCCUACAGCCACGACGACGAGGACAACGACGAGGACGAGCUUCCGGGUUCUGUGUUGGGCACGAAAGAGCAUUGGGACGCCACCUACGCCACUGAGCUCAAAAACUUUGAUGACCACGGGGACGAGGGUGAGAUUUGGUUUGGCGAGGAUAGCCUCUUUCGCGUGCUCAGAUGGUUUGACAGAAACGAAGACAAGGUGCCCAAGACGGCAGAGAUAUUGGACCUGGGCUGUGGCAAUGGAGUCACUUGCGUUCAUUUGGCUCAAGAAGGGUUUAGUCGAGUUACGGGAGUGGAUUAUUCACCGGACGCCAUCGCUCUCUCACUCAAGCUAGCGGAAAAGCAUGACGCUCAAGGCCUGACCUUUGAAACUUGUGAUAUUUUGAACCUCAACUCUUCCCCAUUAUUAUCGAAAACUUACAACGUGAUUUUGGAUAAAGGAACAUAUGAUGCCGUUAGUUUGGAUCCUGAAGAUACCAAAACCAAGAGAAACAUUUAUAUUCGGCAUGUUCAGGCGCUACUAGACCCACAGGGGUACUUCUUUAUAACGUCCUGUAACUGGACUGAGGAAGAAUUGAUCGAUCAUUUCUCUGCAGGUUUUCGUUUACAUCAAGUGAUUCCGACCCCUCAAUUCCAAUUUGGCGGCAAAGUCGGUAACAUGGUCACGUCAGUAAUAUUUGUUAAAAGUUGAAUUGUACAUAGGAUUAAAUCAUUACAUCCGUCAGUAUGAUGAAUUCUUGUGUGUUAAUGUGAAUGCACACAUUAGACUUCAUAUCCAACUUUAUGAACUGAAUAUAGGUUUCUUAUUUUGA